ACCUUUUUCACUUCUUGUUUGUUUGGUUCAAGGCCCGUAAUUAUCUUGUCUGCAUUGGCUUCUGAUUCGGCACCUGCGAGACACACUCACACAACAAGACACAUCCCACCACCCACCAAACCGACCGACCGGAUCGAUCGAUCAAACAACCCACCACCCCUUCCAAUCUGUCUGCGGCAGAGCAAAAUGUCUGGCCUCGACGCUCCUGAAGUUGCCGCCGCCUACGAUGCCGUGCGAUCGGACAAGGAUGAGACCAACUGGCUCCUCAUCUCGUACGCAUCAGCCGUGGGCAACAAGCUGAGCCUUACAAAGACGGGCACGGGCGGUCUGUCCGAGCUGGUGAAGGAGCUGGACGACGGCCAAGUCCAGUACGGCUACGUGCGCGUCGAGUACGCCAACGACAAGGAGAGCACGCGCGUCAAGUUCGUGCUCGUGGUCUGGAUCGGCGAGAACACAAAGGUGAUGCGCAAGGCUAGGGUCAGCAUCGAGAGCGGCGACGUCAAGCGUCAGCUCGCGCACCACAGCAUCGCCGUCACCACGGGGGACCGCGGCGAGCUGGACGAGGGGGACAUUGUGACGCGGCUGAGGAAGGCUGGCGGUGCUGAUUACAACGGAGGACGGGGUUGA